AUUCUAGGGACCUUGUAUGAUGUCUAGCAGGCCCAUCCAUUUAUCUGCUACAGUUGAAUCAAACUAAAUGUUGAUGUUGCCUAAGUGUUGGUUCAUUGACCGUUCACCAACGACGCCAGCUUUAUCGUUUUGGCUAUAGCUGUUGCCCAGAACUAUCAGUCAUGUCUUUGGAUCAGUUUACCUUCUCGUGAAAUUGUGGAAUUUAAUGCACUCUGCUGUUCGCAAUAUUAGGUCAUAGGGAUGGAGAUCAGACCAUUACUGAUGUGUUUUGCCCUUUGUGUGGUCUACGCCACCAGCAAACCAACAGAGAAGAAGGAGCGUGUCCAUCACGACCCACUGCUGAGCAGCAAGGAGCAUGAUGAUGGAGACAAUUUUGACUAUGACCAUGAUGCCUUUCUGGGAGAGACUGAUGCUAAGACAUUUGAUGACCUCACUCCUGAGGAGAGCAAAGACAGGCUAGGUAAAAUUGUGGACAAAAUUGAUGAUGAUCAGGAUGGCUUUGUAACAGAAGCCGAGCUCAAAGCCUGGAUCAAGAAAGCUCAGAAAAAGUACAUUUAUGACAAUGUGGACAGGCAAUGGAAAGACUUUGAUAUGAACAAUGAUGGCAUGAUCUCCUGGGAUGAAUAUAAGAACGUCACUUAUGGUACUUACCUUGAGGACCCUGAGCCUGAUGAUGGUUAUAACUAUAAGCAAAUGAUGGCCAGGGAUGAGAGGCGCUUUCAAAUGGCUGACAAGAAUGGAGACCAUAUUGCAGAUAAGGAGGAGUUCACAGCCUUCCUCCACCCAGAGGAAUAUGAUCAUAUGAAGGAUAUUGUGGUGUUGGAAACAGUGGAAGACAUUGACAAAAAUGGCGAUGGAUUCAUUGAUUUGGAGGAGUAUAUUGGUGACAUGUACAAUCACGAGGAUGAGCAGAAUGAGCCAGAAUGGGUGGCCACAGAGCGUGAGCAGUUUUCAGAAUUCAGGGACAAAAACAAGGAUGGAAAGAUGGAUAAGGAGGAGACUAUGGAUUGGAUUCUUCCAGCUGACUAUGACCACGCUGAGGCAGAAGCUAAACACCUGGUAUAUGAAUCGGACUCCAACAAGGAUGGAAAACUUACCAAAGAAGAAAUCCUAAACAAGUAUGACUUGUUUGUUGGAAGUCAAGCUACAGACUUUGGGGAAGCAUUAGUUAGGCAUGAUGAGUUUUAAUUUUUUUGUUUUCUGAUUCUGUUUUGUGGAUUAAUAGCUUUUUAAAGUCAUUUUGUUACUGAACAUAAUUUAUUUUAUAUGAGAUCCUGUUACAACACUUAACAAUUUGAUGUUGAUUGUGAUUCAUUUAUUAUUAUUUUUUGAUUCAUGUAUGAACGCACCAUUAUUUUGGUUUGUGAUAUUGUUACUUUUUUUCUGUGAAGCUGACUACAGGCAGUGUUACAAAACUUUAAGCAUUCAUUUGAAAUUUGUAUGCAAAACCUAAAGACAGUUUGUCUGCUGCAAUUCAGAAACCCUAUUUGUCCUUUUCACCUCCUCAUUAUAUUUUAGUACUGUUGACACCUUUGUAAACAACAAUAACUCAAUUUGAUCUGACCAGUUCUCUGUUGAAGUGACCACUACAGUGUAGUUACAACACUUUCUCAAUAAAAACACUACACUUGAAUAUACCCAGACUUGUAAUACGUACAUGAUUGUAUGAAACAUGUAAACAGCAAGGACUACAGUAAAUACUUUGCCAAAAUCAUUGCUGAUUACUGUCUGUGUAAAUGUGCUCCUCAGUUAAGCAGUGAAAACAUUUUGGUACGGAGAACACCGUUUUCAAUAAAACAACCGAUGAAACCACUGCCUUGUCCAUUUUACUUGUCACUUAGUUGGGUUACAGACAGCAUUUCCAUCAGACUUAAGUUAUGUUUCUGCUUUCUACUUAGAAUUAAUUAUUGCCAGAUGUUUAUCAGUGAUUGCAGUAACAGCUCGGGGGAUGUUUCCUAAAACCAUAUGUUGCUUUCUCUAUUGUCAACCAAGUUGCAACAGUCUGGCAGCUAUGUUUUUGGGAAACGCAGCCUCGAUCAGUGGGGUCACGCUCAUUAAAUCAGAGGGCCCCAACAUGUACAUGGAUAAUUUUUUGUUUAUUUCAUUGUGCUUAUUUGUUUUCAAAAACGUGUAGACAUAGUUAUGAUAACAUAUUUUGAGUUAGAUGUAUUCUAAUUAUAUAAUUAUGGCAUGUAUAUGACACAAUUUAUAGGAUAUUGGUAUCUUCCAAAAUUCUGAGAAACUUGUGCACUAGUUGGCAACGGCAGGGAGUCUGCACACCUCCACAGAACAAGGACACACAGAGUCUGAAUAGUGCAAUUGUGUUGUCUGUUGCACAAGUGAGGUGUUUUAUACUUUUGUUUGAUAUAUUUAUUAUACAUUUUGUUUUAUUUUUGUUCUCUGAAUGAGUUUCCUGCUGUUUUGUGUGUUAGAGCAUUUCUGUAUUUUUUAUUUGUUAUUUGUUAUAACUAUUAUUAUUAUUAUUAUGCCCCUCUGUAAGCACUUUGGUCAACCAUAGGUUGUUUUAAGCUGCGAUGUAGAAAUAAACUGGUUAUAACCUA